AUGAAUGAGCAAAUUAUGUCAUCUCCUAAUAGAUUGGUACAAUGUCGAAUAUGCCACGAUGAGGAUGAAGACUCAAACAUGGACACACCCUGUUCUUGUUGUGGCACCUUGAAGUUUGCACAUCGAAAAUGUGUUCAAAGAUGGUGCAAUGAGAAAGGCGAUACUACCUGUGAGAUUUGUCAACAGCAACUUAAGCCCGGGUAUACUCUUCCCCCACCACCUCCCCUAUUCCAUUACGGUGGUUCUUCAAUAAACUUUGGAGGGAAUUGGAACAUUUCAAGAAGUGAUCUUCAUAAUCCUGAGUUAAUUGCAAUGUUUACUGCUAACCAUGAAUUCCUAGACCUUGACUUAGAAUAUUUAGCACCCUCUACAAGGAGCCUAAAAUGCUGCCGCAUUGUUGCCAUUAUUUUUAUUGUUCUUCUUGUUUUACGCCAUACACUUCCAAUCAUAUUUAUACUCAGUGGAGAAGGAGAGUAUUCAUUGACAGUGAUUAUGUUAGUAGUGUUGAGAAUAACUGUACCAAUGUAUAUAAUGUUUAAAGCUAUUGUUGCAAUCCAACGGUUUCAAUACCAGGAUCAUCAUUCUCCUUUGCAAUCACAUGAGGAAAAUGACACAAGACAGUCUCAAUUACGUGUCAUUCACAUUCAGUGA